AUGUCCACCUUGGUCAACGCAUUGGGAUUCUUCACGUCUUCAACACCGGCAGCCGCCGCCACCAAAGACGUUCGUAGUAAGGAAGAAAUUCUCAAGAAAAGAAAGGAUACCAUUGGCUCAAAAUGUCAAAUUUUCUACUCUGACGAUCCAUUCAUGGUAUCUCGUGCAUCAAUGCAAUAUCUCUACGAUGAGCAAGGAAACAAAUUCCUGGAUUGCAUUAGCAAUGUUCAACAUGUCGGUCACUGUCAUCCAAAAGUCGUCGAAGCUAUUUCAAAGCAAUUGGCUACUUCCACGUGCAACGUUCGUUUUGUGUCGACUCAAUUGACGGAUUGUGCUGAGCAGAUUCUAUCGACACUUCCUGGUUUGGAUACUGUACUUUUCUGCAAUUCCGGAUCAGAAGCUAAUGAUUUGGCACUCCGUUUGGCCAGGGAUUACACGAAACACAAGGAUGCAAUUGUCAUUGAACAUGCCUACCAUGGACACGUGACAACGACCAUGGAACUAUCCCCAUACAAAUUCGACCAUGGAUCAUCGGUUUCUCAACCAGACUGGGUCCACGUGGCACCAUGUCCAGAUGUGUUCCGUGGAAAACAUCGAUUGGAGGAUAACGAAUUGACGGAUGAGGAGAAAUUGUACGAAGCUGGAAAACAGUACUCAGAUGAUGUUAAGAGUAUUCUGGAUGACGUGGAAUCAAAGAAGCGGGGAGUUGCUGCCUAUUUUGCAGAGGCACUCCAGUCGUGUGGAGGACAGGUUAUUCCACCAAAGGAUUAUUUUAAGGAUGUGGCCACCCAUGUGCGAAACCAUGGAGGUCUAAUGGUCAUAGACGAAGUUCAAACAGGAUUCGGACGAAUUGGAAGAAAAUACUGGGCUCAUCAAUUAUAUGAUGAUGGAUUUGUUCCGGAUAUUGUGACAAUGGGAAAACCAAUGGGAAAUGGAUUCCCAGUGUCGGCUGUCGCAACGAGAAAAGAGAUUGCUGACGCGUUGGGUGGAGAAGUCGGAUAUUUUAAUACGUACGGUGGAAAUCCAGUCGCAUGUGCAGCAGUAAUCUCGGUGAUGAAAGUGGUAAAAGAGGAGAAUCUUCUGGAACACAGUCAGGCAAUGGGAGAGAAAUUGGAAAUUGCGUUGAGGGAUUUACAGAAGAAACACGAGUGUAUUGGAGAUAUUCGAGGAGUCGGUCUAUUUUGGGGAAUCGACUUGGUCAAGGACCGCAAAACGCGUGAGCCGGACCAAAAAUUGGCAAUCGCCACAAUUCUGGCACUUCGUAAAAGCUUUGGAAUACUUCUAAACGCCGAUGGACCGUAUACGAACAUUCUGAAGAUCAAGCCACCACUCUGUUUCAAUUCUGAUAAUAUUCUGGAGACUGUGACGGCUGUCGAUCAAGUUUUGACGUUGAUGAAUCGAUGA